ACCAAGGUCGAUAAAUAUAUCCAAAUGUUGGGUUUCAGUUGUAGUAUUGUAAUACACAAAUUUGAUAUAAUCAUUGUAUGAUUAGUAGUUAAUUAAAAUAGCUUUUUUUAAUGUUUUAUAAUACAUGUAAAGUUUUUUUGUGAUUGUAAAUGAAUCUAUUUUAUCAUAGAUUAAAAGGAUUAAGAGACUUAAGGUGAAAAGCCGUUCUGACUUUAGAAGUAGAAUUUUGGAAUUUUAGUUUUAUAUUGUCUCCCAAAUCCAUAAUGUCUACGUUUACCAAUUUAGAAAUCGGACCAAUUGCUACAAUUAAAGAUGGAAAAGUCAGAGGUGAAAUAUGUCAGGAUGCCAGAGGAGGCAAAUUUUAUAGUUUUACUGGUAUACCAUACGCAAAACCACCAAUUGGUCCAUUAAGAUUUAAGGCUCCAGUUCCAGUAGAUCCAUGGCCUGACACACUAGAUGCUACUAAAGCUGGCAACACAGCCGUCCAAGAAAAUUUCCUCACCAAACUCAUAGAUGGCUCUGAAGACUGCCUCAACCUUAAUGUUUAUACGCCUUGUUUACCUAGCACUAAUACCAACAAGAAUGUACUAAAGCCCGUGAUGGUCUUUAUUCACGGAGGCAGCUUUCUCUCAGGGUCAAACAGGAAAGAUCUUCAGGGACCUGAACUACUUAUAAGUGAAGAUAUUGUCCUAGUAGCUAUUAAUUAUAGAUUAGGUUUAUUUGGUUUCUUAGCCUUAGAUGACCCAAGCCUUGAUGUACCUGGAAACGCCGCCUUUAAAGAUAUGGUUUUAGCAUUAAAAUGGGUUCAAAAUAAUAUAAAAAAUUUUUUGGGGGAUCCGAAUAACGUUACUAUAUUCGGUAACAGUGCUGGAGCAGCUUCUGUUCAUUUCCUAGUAUUAUCACCAAUGGCCAAAGGCCUUUUUCAGAAAGCUCUGUGCCAAAGCGGAUCUGCCUUAAGCAGCUGGGCAUAUGGCUAUAAGAUGGUCGAUCAGCUAACCGAAGCGCUUAAUCUAGAUAAAGUUAGUGAUAAGGACUUGUUUAAUUAUCUUACAAAUGCUCCUGCAGAAGAAAUAUUUAGGGCCCAAAAUUAUAUUGAUAAGAAAACUAUCAAAUGUAACCGUCACCGUUUCAUAGGAGCAGUGGUAGAGCCCUCUGGAUACACGGGACAAAAGUUUUUUUCGGAGCAUCCUGUAAAACUAUUAUUAUCUGGAAGAUAUAAUAAGGUGCCAAUGAUAAUGGGAUAUAAUUCUGGAGACGGCAUGAUUGUAGAUGGAAUGGUUGAGCCAGAAAAAAAUUAUAUUUACUGGACUGAUAAAGAGUUUAAUGUUCCUGGUCUAUUAAAUUUAGAAAAGGGAAGCCAGUUAUCUAAACAACUGGGUGAUGAAAUAAUCAGGUUUUAUUUCGGAAACGGCGACAUCUCUAGGGAGACUCAUUUAAAAGAAUUUUAUGACAUUACUACGGACAACUCAUUUCUAAGGGGCAUUUUUAUGUCAGUGCGGCAGCAUUGUAGAACCUCCAAUCAUCCAAUUUUUAUGUACCGACUAUCCCUAGAGUCUGAUAUUUGCUUUUACAAACAACUUUUGGAUAUCCAACUACCUGGUGUGUGUCACGUAGACGAGUUAGGCUACCUGUUCAGAACAAUACUAACACAAAUUCCAGAACCUAACAGCAUUGAAGAUCUUACCCAAAGAAGAGUGUGUCGAAUGUGGACAAAUUUCGCUAAAUAUGGAAAUCCGACUCCGGUAAAAGAUCCACUUUUGGGUGCGAUUUGGGAACCGGUGACUAAAAGCAAUCACAUUCCGUUUCUGGAUAUUUGGGAAGACUUAAAAGUCGAGUAUAAUCCUGAAAUUGAACGAAUGAUGUUUUGGGAUAAGAUUUAUUCAAAUGGGGUUAUGGUUUCAAAGUUGUAAUUAUUAGCUUUAAUUGAACUUUUAUGUGAUUUAAAUAAAUUGUUUGUACUGUAAUAUUUAAGUAAUAGUAUUGAAUAGUUUAUAUAUUUUAGACUAUGUAAAUGUGAAUUAAGUCUAAAACAUAUAAUAUCCUUUACAAUAAUGUUUUUUUAUAAAAAAACGUAAUGUAUGAUAUUUUACUUUUUUAAUUAAAAUCGCACAUUUUUAUUGUG